AUGGAUCCGUCAUUGUUUAUUUUUUGCAAGGGAACAUUAUUGAUCUAUGUUCUUAUUUAUGUGGAUGACAUAAUUGUGACUAGCAACAACACCAGUAAGAUAAUAUCUCUGCUCUCUAAGCUGGCUAUGGAAUUUUCUAUUAAAGAUCUGGGUCCGCUUUACUUUUUCUUGGGGAUCGAGGUCAUUCCGCAGACAAAGGGUGUUCUUCUCUGUCAAGGACGAUAUAUCAAGGAUCUCCUAGAGCGUAAGGGUAUGCGUGAUUGUAAGCCUAUCUCUAUGCCUAUGGCCACUUCUCCCCCUUCUGACACAGGGGGUGCUCUUAUGGCUGAUCCUACCCACUAUCGAUCUAUUGUAGGCGCGUUACAGUAUGUUACCUUGACUCACCCCGAUGUGGCCUUCUCUGUUAAUCGGGUUUGUCAGUUUAUGCAUGCACCUACUGAAUCUCAUUGGGCUAUGGUAAAGCGUAUCUUACGCUAUUUGAAAGGCACCAUGAGUUAUGGCUUAUUCCUUCAACGGUCCUCCACACAUUCUCUACAGGCAUUUUCUGAUGCAGAUUGGGCUGGUAGUGGCUCCGAUCGUCGAUCUACGGGUGCAUAUGCAAUCUUUUUGGGUCCCAACUUGAUCUCCUGGAACUCUCGUAAGCAGAAAACUGUGGCCUGCAGCUCCACUGAGUCCAAGUAUAAAGCCCUUGCAGAUGCUUCUGCGGAGUUGAUUUGGCUGGAGGCUCUUUUCAAGGAAAUUGGUUUCCCCCUCCAAGGCCCGCCCAUUCUCUGA